GUGAUGGACAGGAAAUGAAGUUUAAGCUACUAAGUUCUCUUUGUUCUAUCAAAAGAAUUUGUAAUUCUUGGUAUCAUCUGUUGUGCUGUUUUGCUUGACCUGUGGAGAGAACGUCUGCCCAUGUUUCUGAAGAGUAUAGUUUGUGGUUUUGAAGUCUGAAACAGAGCCAUGAAGCUAGAGAUACCAGAAACCUUCGAAGAUGUGGCUGUUGAUUUUUCAAGGGAAGAGUGGAAGAUCCUGAGUGACCAGGAAAAAGAACUGUACAAGGAAGUGAUGUCACAGAACUAUGAACACAUGGUAUCACUAGGAUACAAUAUCCCAUUGGAUCAGCUGCUGCUACUGAUUGGAAAACAUGACAAACUUGUACCUGAAUCUUUGGAAGGAGCAGACACCAUACCUGGGCCGAAUGUGUGUGAUGAUCCCACACGCAUCUGCAGGGGUACACAGUGCUGCCGGAGUCCACACCAGAUGUCACUACAGAGGGAGCUUCCGAAAUCUGGAUGUGCCACAAGCUGCUUAUUGCAGAUGUUUGCCAAUAGGCAGAAAUUAACUCCAUCUGGAAAUAAAUAUAUUAAAUGCGUGGACAAUUAUAUUAGUUUUAGUAAGGAGAAUGAACUAAAGAACCUUGCAUCCCAUGCAGUAACCCACAGUGAGGAGAAGUUAUAUGAAUAUGAAUCAUGUGACAAAAGUUUUAAAAAGAAAAGCCAGUUCACAAACAGUAAGGAAGCAAACACUGGCAAUAAGCCGUAUAAAUGUUCAAUAUGUGACAGGACUUUUGCAUGGAAGAACAGUCUCGUAUACCAUGAAAAAACUCACACUGAGCGGAAGUGUGACUUGCAGAAAUUAAACCAAACGAAGUUAUAUAAAUGUGCAACAUGUGAGAAAACUUUUAAACAGAAGGGUGGUCUCCUCUACCAUGAAAAAACUCAUACAGGCGAGAAGCCAUAUAAAUGUGCAGUAUGUGAAAAGAGUUUUAUACAGAAAAUUCAACUCGUAUCGCAUGAGAGAACUCACACCGGUGAUCGGCCUUAUAAAUGUGCUACAUGUGAUAAGAGUUUUAUAUUGAAAUGUCAGCUCACACAGCAUGAGAAAAUGCACACUGGGGAGAAGCCAUAUCAGUGCACGCUGUGUAAUAGGAGUUUUACACGGAAGUGGCUACUGACAUGCCAUGAGAGUAUACACGCUGGCAACAGGCCAUAUAAAUGUGCUGCGUGUGACAAGAGUUUUAUAUUGAAAGGCCAACUCACAAAGCAUGAAAAAAUGCACACUGGUGAGAAGCCAUAUAAAUGUGCAUGGUGUAACAAGAGCUUUACAGAAAAGUGGCUUCUGACAAUCCACGAGAGAACACAUACUGGUAAUAAGCCAUAUACAUGUGCGACAUGUGACAAGAGUUUUACACACAGAAGUAGUCUUGUAUACCAUGAAAAAAAACCCACUGAAGACAAGCCACAUAAAUGUACAACAUGUGGCAAGAGCUUUCUUAUGAAGAGUCGUCUCCUGUACCACGAAAAAACUCAUAUUGGAGGGAAUACUAUAUUCUGUAUUAUAUUACCCUGUCCUACUUACUGAGAAAAACAAAGUAAUUAAACACCAGGAUUUCCAAGCAGAAACAAAUGGAAUGAUGGAUAAAGACACACAAUUCCAGUAGUAGUAGUAGAAGGAGCAACAGGGCUAAAAAAUGUUUUUAAGUGUACUUAAAUAUGCUACCAAUACAUGUUUCUCUCUACAAAUUGCAGAAAGGGACAAUUCUGGGUACAUUAUGGGUGCUGAGAAGAGCACACUUGGCAAAUGUCAAAGACUGAAGCAGUGCUAAUUUCUUGUAAUAGUAACCUGUCUCAGGAAUGUGACCCAAGAAUAAUAAUCCACAGAGAGAUAUUCCAGGGUGAUUCUUUGUUACUUCUGCUAUUUUGUCUUGGCCUUAAUCCAUUGAGCUGUUUACUUGCAAACGUGUCCUGGUCUUAAUUAUUUGAAACCAAUCUUACCCAAUGAUAUUUCAUUGGGUCUAUGUUAAAUCAUCGAACGCUUUAAAAAGCGAACGAUGAUUUAUCGAACCCAUGUAAGUGAAAGCUUACAGUCUCUAAGGCUUAUAACAGUGAAAAAUCGCUGUUCCACAAAAAAAAAAUUAAAACAUUAUAUAAAGUGGGGGGGCU